UUGAAUUUAAUAUACGCAUCAUUAUGCGUUAACGCUUUUCUUUCCUUAAAAGUGUAUAUCACGUGGUCGUUGCGGCACUAUUUAGGGACGUCACAUCUCGUAUUGAAUGAUACUAACGCGUGCGAUCAGCAAACAUGUGUCUAGUACUUGCAUUGUGCUUAUUACUGGGCGCAAAUGCUCUUGAGCCACAGUGUAUCAAUUAUGCGCCAAACCGGUUUGAAUACGAGCAUAAUGUACUUGAAAAACUAGUGUAUCUGGAACAGUUUAAAACCGAUGCAACAGAAAGGAUUGCUGCUCAGGUACAACAACUUCAUACUGUACUUGGAAAACUUCUUUAUCUGGAACAGUUCAAAGAGGAUGCUAGCGAAAAGAUUUCUGUCCUUGAAAAACAACUGCAAGGCCCACCAACACACUCUCCGCUGACAAAUUCAACACAAUCUCCGGUGACACCACGUAGUUCAUCAACGUACGUUCACUGGGGUAUGAACACGUGUCCGAAUGUGACAGCUACGACGAUGGUAUACAGCGGACAAGCAGCCGGUGGACAUCAUCUCCACACCGGCUCUGGUGAAUACAUUUGCUUGCCAAACGAUCCAGAGUACGACAAAUACAAUCAAAACAAUGAUGAGAAUAGAUCACUUAUGUAUGGGGCUGAGUACGAGACACAUGCACCAAUCACAAAUCCUCCAGCUUUAAGCGAUCUCCACGAUCAUGACGUACCGUGCUCUGUUUGUCUUGCACGCGGGAAGACAACGUUGAUGAUACCUGGCCGUACAUCGUGCUACAGCGGCUGGACUAAGGAGUACCAGGGAUAUCUGAUGGGGGAGUACCAUUCGUAUCAAGGGAAAGGAUAUGUCUGCAUGGACAAAAACGCAGAGGCGCUGAAUGGCACCGAUGCCGACCUGAAUGGAGCAUUGCUAUACUUUGUCGAAGGUCGGUGUGGUAAUUUGCAAUGUCCCCAGUAUCUCGAGGGAGCAGAACUAGCCUGUGUCGUUUGUUCAAUAACAAUAUAAAUGUUAGUAUGCUAAAUGCAAUACAACAACAUUUUCAUUUAUGUAUAUUUACGAAUAAGUUUUGAAAACAAAUUGUUUUAAUUUACCGCAUGGGCAAAUAAUGCAUUUGUCAUCUUAACAAUAUGUAUGCAUAUUUGAAUGAAUUUGAAGUAUAUACUCUGGCUUACUUACGUAUAAUAGUGUAUCCAUUUAUGAAUUGUUUAACAGAGAAAACAGCAAAAACAUCAAUUGCUUAUAUAUUUGUGUUCAUAUCUUAACACCAUAAUUCGUCGGACACUUAUUUUCUUUUCUUGUCUCGGAUAAAUUUGCAAAAUUACUAAACAAUUAAUGGUCACAGUACUGUAAUGUAAAGAAAGAUGGUCAAAACUGGCCACGUUCCAGGGUUCACUUGAUUUACAUAGACUUAUGUAGGUUGAUGACAUCAACCAUCUCCUUUGAAAUGACACGGGCCACACCUUUGACAUUUGUAAAGAGCCAUCUGAUAGGGAUCCGGUUUAAACAUAUGCUUGCCAAACGACCCAGACUAUGACAAAUACAAUCAAAGCACUGAUGAAUAUAUAUCACUGAUGUAUGGGGCUGAGUACGAAACCUAUUACAAUCCUCCAUCCUUUGGCGAUCCCCACGAUCAUGACGCACCGUGCUCUGCUUGUCUUGCUCGCUGAAUGACAACAUUGAUGAUUCCUGGCCUUACAUCGUGCUACAUCGAAUGGAUCAAGGAGUACCAGGGAUACGUGAUGGGGGAGCACUUUUGAUUUCAAGCAAAAGGAUAUGUCUGCAUGGAUAAAAACGCCGAGGCGCUGCAUUCCAGCGUUGCCAACCUGAACAGAUCCUUUUUCUACCGUGUUGAAUGUCGGUGUGAUACAUUAAAAUGUCCUCCGUAUAUACAGGGAGCAGAACAAGCACGUGUCGUUUGUUCAUACACAACAUAAUUAUUAGCAUGAUAAAUGAAAUACAAUAUUUUUCUAUAUUUACGAACUUUCGUUGACAAUUUAUUUUUUUAAUUUAAUUAAUCGACAAAUAAUUUAGUUGCGAUCUUUACAUCUAUUCAUUUUUCUAUAUUUACGAACUUUCUUUGACUAUAUAUUUAUUAAAUUUAAUUAAUCGACAAAUAAUUUAGUUGUGAUCUUUACAGUAUA